UCUCCAUGUUACAACCUUUCGUCUCCUCCUCUUCUAUAUAUAACCCACAACCCUCUCCUUAAUCCCUCUCUCUUUCAAAACACCUCUUCAAUUUCCUCUGUUUCUUCUUGCAAUCCAGCAAACUAAAAUGUGCAGCUCUAAGGCUAAGGUGACCACCGGUGUCGAAAUGUCUCCGACAGUGGCCAAAAUCAACGGCCGGCCAGUCCUUCAGCCUACUUGUAACCGUGUUCCUACCCUCGAAAGGCUUAAUUCUCUUAAAAAAAUACCAUCAAAGUCUCCUCCACCACCACUGACUGCUCCAUCAUCCCCAAAGUCAAAGUCGCCUAGACCACCUGCAAUCAAGAGAGGAAGUGAUCCUAAUGGACUGAAUUCGAGUUCUGAUGAGAAGAUUUUGAUUCCAAGAAACACCAUAAAAGCGCCCAGUUUAGAUAGAAAGAAGUCUAAAAGUUUUAAAGAAAGCAGUUAUUCAUCUACUUCUGUUGAGGCAUCAUUGAGUUAUCCUUCUUCUUUGAUCGUUGAGGCUCCAGGAAGUAUUGCUGCAGUGAGAAGAGAACAAAUGGCAUUUCAACAUGCACAAAGAAAAAUGAGAAUUGCUCAUUAUGGAAGAUCAAAGUCUGCCAAGUUUGAACCCAAAUUUGCUCCUAUUGAUUCUUCAAUCAAUGAGCCUAAUUCAAAACAUGAUGAGGAAGAGAAGAGAUGCAGUUUUAUUACACCAAACUCAGAUCCCGUUUAUGUUGCUUACCAUGACGAAGAAUGGGGAGUUCCUGUACAUGAUGACAAGUUAUUAUUUGAAUUGCUGGUGCUAAGUGGUGCUCAGGUUGGCUCAGAUUGGACUUCAAUCUUGAAGAAACGCCAAGCUUUCAGGGAUGCAUUUUCAGGGUUUGAAGCAGAAACAGUGGCUAAUAUCACUGAAAAACAAAUAAUUUCUAUCAGCACAGAACAUGGCAUUGAAAUAAGCCGAGUUCGAGGUGUAGUUGACAACGCUAACCGAAUCCUUGAGAUUAAGAAGCAGUUCGGAUCAUUUGAAAAAUACAUAUGGGCAUUCGUGAACAACAAGGCUAUCUCAACCCAGUACAAAUUCGGACACAAGAUUCCUGUCAAGACUUCAAAAUCAGAGAGUAUAAGCAAAGACAUGGUGAGGAGAGGGUUUAGGUACGUGGGUCCAACAGUGGUUCACUCAUUCAUGCAAGCUGCGGGCUUGACCAAUGACCAUUUGAUCACUUGCCACCGGCAUCUUCCCUGCACCCUUUUGGCAGCUCGCCGGCCCACCUAACCACAAAACCUAUAACUAAAAUUAUAACUUUUGACAACAAAAAAAUUAAUAACAAAGACAUCAAAGGAGAUAAAUAUAUAGUCGUUGACCCUAUAUAUAUAUAUCUAACUGGGAAUCAAUUAAUUGAUGGUUUGUGUAUAAUAUGUAGAGCAAAGGAUUUGUCUAAUAUAAGGUCGACUUUCUUAAGAAUUAGAGUAGUUUUGUGACUUGAGUGAUGGGUUUUCAUUUGUUCUUUUUGAUAAUCAUAGUUUGAUCAGUUUGAGUGUGGUGAAAUAGAUUAGAGAGAAGAAAGGUUGGGAAUAGUGCUCCGGUGGUGGAGGAGACAGGCUGCAUGUGCAAUUGGGAGGCAAUAGCAUGUGUGGAUGUCAGCUACUUUUUCUUUCCAUGUGACCUUAUCACACUUCCAUUAUUUGGGGAGACUUUCUUUUUAACAGCCUGUGUGAGUGAGAUACUUGUAUUGCAUAAGAGGUAGAAUUGGGUCCACCUAUUCCAUCUUCCUUCCACUGUCUAUCAGAAUUUUUUUUUUUUUUUAAAAAGGGGAAGUUGAAGCUCCAAGAAAGAAAUUUAAAUCACGCAAUUGUGAUUAUAAGCCACCCAUACAUGUAAUUUCUACAGUCAAUCAGGACUGGAAUUAGCUUCCCCGUAUCAGAAUUUUAAUUUGGGGUUGGAGUUGUAAUUCUACUGUAAUUUUCUAACUUUUUUUUAGUGGCCUCAUGGGGAAUAUUAUACCUCAAAUGGCUAUGUAUGUAAUCUUUUAUUUGGUGUGAAUUUUUGAGUGGUGUUUGAUAUGUG